ACAAGGGGAGUGCUUGAAAUCUUGGGUUGUGUUCAGUUGGCAGGAUUGUAUUUGGAGGGGAAAGAUCGUGAGGAAUUGAGAGCAGAUGAACAGGGAAAUGAAACAACACCUGCCAAGUCAACACCUCACAUGUUUUGCAAAACGCUUACAGCCUUAGACACCAGCACUCAUGGGGGGUUCUCAGUCCCUCGCAGAGCUGCUGAAGACUGUUUUCCUCCUUUGGAUUAUAAGCAGCAGAGACCCUCUCAAGAGCUUGUUGCCAAAGACCUGCAUGGUGUGGAAUGGAAAUUUAGACAUAUUUACAGAGGUCAGCCAAGGCGGCAUCUGCUCACUACUGGCUGGAGUAUCUUUGUUAACCAAAAGAAUCUCGUUUCUGGAGAUGCAGUUCUGUUUCUAAGGGGUGAAAAUGGAGAAUUGAGAUUGGGAAUCCGAAGAGCUGCUCGACCAAGAAAUGGUCUUCCUGAAUCAAUUGUUGGUAGCCAGAGUUAUUAUCCCAAUUUCCUUUCUUCUGUGGCCAAUGCUAUAUCCGCGAAAAGCAUGUUUCAUGUUUUCUACAGUCCAAGAGCAAGUCAUGCAGAUUUUGUUGUGCCUUACCAAAAAUAUGUCAAAAGCAUCAAGAAUCCAGUGACCAUCGGGACAAGAUUCAAAAUGAAAUUUGAAAUGGACGAAUCCCCAGAAAGAAGGUGUACCAGUGGUUUAGUGACUGGAAUGAGUGAUUUAGAUCCCUACAAAUGGCCUAAGUCAAAAUGGAGGUGCUUGAUGGUCAGAUGGGAUGAGGAUAUUGAGAUUAAUCAUCAAGAUCGAGUAUCUCCAUGGGAGAUUGAUCCUUCUGCGUCUCUCCCUCCCUUGAGCAUUCAAUCCUCCAGAAGGCUGAAGAAACUGAGGCCAGGUCUGCAGGCUGCCUCACCGAGUCACCUCAUCACUGGUGUGGCAGUAGGAGGCAGUGGAUUUAUGGACUCUGAGGAGUCUGUAAGAUCAUCCAAGGUCUUGCAAGGUCAAGAAAAUACGAGUUUUAUGUCAUUAUAUUAUGGAUGUGACACGGGAACUAAGCAGCCAGAAUUUGAUAUCAGAUCUCCAACUCAUUCUAAUCUUGCAUCAACUGGAGUGAGAAAGAUUGCUGCUGCUGAGUUUAUGAGGGUUCACCCUUCGACUUGUGCCAGCUUCAAUGAAACUAACAGGUUUCCAAGGGUCUUGCAAGGUCAAGAAAUAUGUCCAUUUAGAUCCCUGACAGAAAAGGUUGAUUUGAACUUUGGUGCUUGGGGCAAACCCAAUGUCAAUUGCACAAAUUACAACCUGCAUCAGGCAACCAAACCAAAUUUUCACUCUUUAGGGCCAGAAGUUAUUCAAACUGCGUAUUACCCUUAUGGUGAUAUUCACAAAGCUGGCCAAGGUAGCAACAUGUUGUACUCUAAACCCACCAAUGUCCCAUUUAACAUUCCUUCCACUCAGCCAGGGAUGAUGAGAAAUGAAGUUGGACGGUCAGAUGUCACAAUCCCAAAUGAGCAAAAGCUGCAGGACAAUAUUCCUGGUGCUGCUAACAUGAGGAUUCCAAAUGAUGACAAUUUGAAAGGGAAGGUAAAUGCUUGUAAACUAUUUGGAUUUCCCUUGUCAGGGGAAACUACCACCCAAACUUUACAGAACUCUGCUAAAAGAAGUUGCACAAAGGUUCACAAGCAAGGUAGCUUAGUUGGAAGAGCCAUUGAUCUCUCAAGAUUGAGCAGCUACAAUGACCUGCUGAUUGAACUAGAGAGACUAUUUGGCAUGGAAGGACUUCUAAGAGAUCCUAAUAAGGGAUGGAGAAUUCUCUACACUGACAGUGAAAAUGACAUUAUGGUUGUGGGGGAUGACCCUUGGCAUGAGUUCUGCGAUGUGGUAUCCAAGAUUCAUAUACAUACACAAGAAGAAGUGGAGAAGAUGACAAUUGGGAUGAUGAAUGAUGAUACACAGAGUUGUUUGGAACAGGCACCAAUGGUAAUGGAAGCUUCAAAGUCUUCCUCCGUGGGUCAGCCAGAUUCUUCUCCAACAGUGAUUAGGAUGUAGUUUCAGGGUUGUCUUGAUAUUGUGUGGUUGGCCCUAUUUCUGUUAUAUAUGAUCAAAUACUAUUUUGCACAUCUAUUGAUCCCACGAUCGAUUACUAUCUUUGAGCUAGUAAGCCCAAUGAGGUAGGAUAUGAAAAAAUAGAUUGAUGAUUUUCGAUUGUUCCCUCUAAACUUGACUAAUAAGGGCAUCAUAUUGUCCUGCCACUAUGUAACAAACCACUACCAAGUAACGUACUCUGGAGUAAUAAUGAUGGUGUCCUAGAUUACCCUACCAUGUUGAAUUGGUGAUAUAUAUAACUUGGAAAACAACUUGGGACCAA